AUGGGCGUCAAGGAUCUCAAGGCAUGGGCGCUAAAGAUGUUGGACUCGUCCGGCAAGAUCCCGGAUGGGGUGCUUGAAGGGACACUGGUGGCCAUGGGAUCGUACAACGAGUGCGUCAACAUCGUGGCCCGGGACGACGGCCAGGAACGCGAGUACUUCCGUGGCCAGUACUGUGCCCUGGACGUCAAGCCGUUCCUGCCGCCCAAGCCCAAAAAGUACAACCCACAGCACAUGUUCCGGAAUAUCUCUCAAGUUCUGCCCAUUCUCAAGACGUUCCCGGACACUCGAAGCGAGCGGUCGCAUCGCCCCUCGCUCCGACGACUACGGCUCGCCCGCCACCUCUCCCGCUCGCACGUCUCCGCCUUCGACCGCACUUAUGAGCGCAGCCCUUUUGAGGGCUCGCACGGCAGCUGGCACGAUCUCCUGAGCCACACUACCGCACGGAGCCCCCAUCUCAUGAGUGGCCCUCCGAAGAAGCAGCAUAGAAAGAGGCCGAAGAAAGGCUCCCACUUCGGCUGCCUCCACCGACGACGGUGCCAGCUGCCCGUCGACCGGCGACACCGACGAGAGUGCCGGCACCUUCUUCUUGCCAACCGCAAGCGUAAUUGGUGCCGACACUACGUCCUCCCGCACGGACGCGACCACUUCGCUCGAGGCAAGUCCUGUCCGGCCGGAUUCUCCAUCACUGUCGUCGCCGGCAGCCUGCUCACCAACACCGAGCCCACCGCACCUGCGGCGGAGGAGGGCUCGCGCUCGGCGGCGGUGGCUGCUCCCGUCGAUGACGACGACCCAGCUGACGGCCCCUCAUCCAACGAGAGCCCGCCGAGAGCGCCCACCCCUGCCCCAGCUGCUGACGGAACAUGGGGGCUCAUCCAGAGAAUUUCUCCGCUGCUGCUCGCGGCCGCCGAGGACGCCCAAGCCUGCCAGCCGGAAGGGUACACCCAAAACAAGCCGCAAGAAGGAGACGCCGUUACCGACGGCGUGAGACGCGUUCGUGUGAACUUCCGCCGGAAUGUGGUGGCUGCUGACGUGACGCGCGGUGCCGACUUGGCGCCCCUCCUCGAAGUCUGCGACAUCGGCGACGUGGCGGUGCGCCCCAAAGCGCUACAUAGCAACUCCUGUGUGGGUGUCAUCCAUGGGGUCAACACUUCUUUCGACGCCCGCACAGUUCGAGAAAACCUUGAGGCCCCCGUCGCAGUGCUUUCAUGUUCACGGAGUGGCGCGAGCGUCACCGUCACCUUCGUCGGGAGCGUCGUGCCGACAAACGUGCGGCUCUUCAAACAGCUGCGCGCCGUACGUGCUCGUUUGCCCCGACCACUUCAAUGCGACCGCUGCGGCGUUUUCGGCCACGCCGGCGCCACCUGCUUCCGCGACGUCCGCUGCCUCCGCUGUGGUGAGUCGCAUGCCACAGGAGACUGCCCCGCAGAGAAGCCUCGCUGCAUUAAUUGCGGCGGCCGUCACCCGUCGACGGAACAGAGCUGUCCCGAGAGGCAGCGCCAGAGAAAGGCGGCCGUGUUGCUGUCAUCGUCUCAGCGGCCCCUUUCGCGCAAGAAAGCGCUUGAGCUAGCCGGCGCCGCACCGACCGAGCCGCGUACAGCCGCUCCGUCUACGUCUGCUCGCUCCCCGCAGGGCCGAUCUUACAGUGACGCCCUGCGUGGCCGCAACACCCAGACAGCCGCAGCUGAGCCGUCACGCGGCCCUCCAACCGCUCUGAACGACGACCCCAGGGACGCGCUAAUAGACGCACUCGCCGCUGCACUCCGUGCCUUGCUCGUCCAGUGCCCAGCUAUCGACGGCAACAAAACCCGUGACGCCAUGCGCUUAGUGUUCCUAGGACGACUGCCGCAACAAUCGUCGACACGCGUUAAGCGGCGACUAGCCGGCGAAAUUCACAAUGGCCACCUGCUCACUUGCCUGUUCCAGACGCUCGAGCUGGACACUUCGCUGGCCUACAUGUACUUCCUCAAGUUUCGCAUCGGCAUCUGCGUCCCCUCCACCUGCAGUCUCGCAGACGUCCGGAGUCUCGGCAGCUACUUCGGGAAGCAGAUGAAGACCAACGUGACGGUUCCCUGGUGCGAAGUGAAGCAGAAAGUCGUACUUCCCGAUUACUACGUCGCCAUCCUUGGACUGCUUCUCAUGUUCGUUUGCUACGGAAAGAUUCAGCAAGACAAAGGCAGAUUUGACUUUUUGAUGUACUACAUACAUCGAUACAUCAGGCUGACGCCGCCAUUCCUGAUGGUGUCUCUCAUGCUGAUUCUCGGCCCACCCUGGAUGAACGGUCCGAUCUGGCAUGAGACCGUGGACCGUUUUGCAGAAGGGUGCAAGCGCUACUGGUGGACCAACGUCAUUUACAUAAGUUCCUGGAUGAAGACCCAAGAAGUUUGCCUUCCACAUGGCUGGUAUCUGUCCUGUGAUAUGCAAUACUUCAUCAUUGCCCCAAUCUUCUUUAUCGCGCUUUACAGGCGGCCAGCCCUUGGCCUGGGUCUCAUAGGUGCCUUCGCCGUCGCCAGCAUGGUCGUAACAGGCCUGGUCACGUAUACCUACGACUACGGUCCAGUCGCACUAUUUUCUAUACCGGACGAUGAAAACCUGAACGCAUUCCUGAACGACAUCGCAUUUCGUCCGUACACGCAUUUUCCAUCUUUCGCCGUCGGCCUGUUUCUCGGAUACCUCAUCUACAAGUACAGACAGAUCAAGAUUAGCAGGCGGAUACAGCUGGUGGGCUGGCUGUCAUCGGUGACCACGGGACUGACCCUCGUGUACGGCGUUUACGAAUGGAACGCCUAUUCACCGCCAGGACCUUUGCUCAGCGUGUUAUACGGUGCCACCAGCCGCCCCGCCUGGACAUUGUGCGUCGCUUGGGUCACCUUCGCCUGCGUCUCCGGCCACGGAGGAUUCGUGGACACGCUGCUGUCGUGGAAGGCGUUCGUGCCCCUGAGCAAGAUGACCUUCAUGGUUUACCUGCUGCACCCGCCGCUGAUGUUCAUGUACGCGGCGCACACCAUGAACGCCAUCUACGUCACCCAAUUUAUGGUGGUCUACGUCUACUUUGCGCAUCUGCUGGCCUGCUACAUGGCGGCCUUCGUGGGCUGCGUCACCUGCGAGACGCCGUUCAUCAACGUCGAGAAGAUCCUGUUCAAGGCGCUGAACGACUAUCGCCAGAGCCGCAACGCGGAGGCCAGCUCUGCGCGCACGGCGCGGUUGCAGCCCGCCAGGACCACCGGCGGUGCCGCCGCAGCGAUCGACGGCUGGGCGCACGCCGUCCCCGAGUCUGCAGCAGCGGCGACGGUCAGCCGCUUAUCGGAAUGCGCGCGCGGCGACAGCUGCAGGCUGUAGUCGCGCGCCACCCAGGGUGUGGCCAGAAGACGUGCUUUGUCGUCGUUACUGCCUGGACAGCUGUGCGAUAUUCACGCUGCCCAAGCGCCCACCGGCCACGGUACAUCAGGGAUACGGGUAGGGCUUACAGCCCAAAGUACAGGACCUUGUGUGCAUGCUACUGGGGCAAGCACUCGUACAAGGACCAUCAUGGCCCACAUUCUAGCAAAAAAAAACACCCGACGAACGCAAGUGCUUUCUGCGCUUCAUCAUAGCGCAUGCUAUACUACCGUUAUUCAUCAGAAUACAUGUUGUGUAAUGACUUGGUUCGUAUUGGCAAGCAAUCGCGAAAUAUUAACUUUAGGAACUGCCAGGGUAGAGAGAAGAGGUAAGAGUCAAUGAUAAGUUGUUUUAUGCCAACAUAAACCGCUGUUUUCUUGGCGAGUGACGUCCGCUUUUCCGUAUUGGGUAUGUUUCUAGCCUCGUUCGUGGGCCGAUCCCAGAGAUAGUGCAGCCUAAAAAUGUGGGACGAUAUAUGCUAUUGGGACCAGUGAAUGCCGUGAUGGUCCGGAUAUAUAUAUAUAUAUUCCUAUGGCUGGAUUCGAACACCGGACUUCUGGGCCAGAAAACGCUCAAUACAUGUACAAUGCAUGACUCAUAAUCAAAUCGUAGAUUUAGCAUGUAAAACCCCAGAAAUUAGUUGUAAUAAUUAAUACAUCAUCAUACUUCUAAGUGUAGGCCGAUACCGAAGAUAAUGCAGUCUAAAGGUGGGCUGAUCCUGAAGAUAGUGUGGUGUAAAAGUGUGUGCCGAUACCAGGUAACUGAAAGCAGUCCGACACUCGUCCUACUAUACCCUCACGUGAGAUGUGACAUGAUAGAGUGCCGUCCGCUGUGACUCCACACUAUUCUCACCCCCAACUCCCUCAGGCAUUGUCUUUCAUCGACUUCAACUGGAGGUUGAAUCACCUUGCAACUUUUAAGUUACAAUUCUCCAUUAGCAAGCCCUGGUAUUUGUGUCUUCAUUUGCUUCUCAACCCUCUGUCCUUUACUCACAUCGUUGCCUCAUCCUGCCACGAAGAAUAAUAGCACCUGACGUGGGACACCCCUUUCGUCUUUGUCAAACAUUCCGCUUCCAAGCUUAUUCCCUUGCAUGUUAAGGUUGCUAAGCUAUGGUUCAUUCUGGUGCGUCUAUUGAGUCAUCGUGAACUUAGUUACGAAAGGACUGACGCCGAAUGCGUAAUUGUAUAAGAAAAGCUCACGUUAAGUGAUAUUUGUCAAGAGGCCUAUGCGCCGCUUUGGCGACACCGGUAAACAGCUGCCCGUGUUGCUGUACAUACCACUUUCAACAUAUGUGUUGUGACUGCAUGUGAAAGUGUGACUUGUGAAACUGCCGUGUAUGAAUGCAGACGAAGCUGGCCUGAACAAAGUUGGUCAUUCAUUUGUGGGGCACAGUGAGGGCUUCGUGAUGAAACCCCGUACGGCGGGUUCACGCGACACCUGCGUACGAGUUACCAUUGACUCGUGGUUCUCCCGCUCGAAUAGCACGACUGCAGAACACCGGUCCCUGGGUGCCCACGCUAGACGGUGGUUCAGGGCCGCCGCACAGAAGCCGCUCGGACGCAGACGAUUGCGUCGCGCAUCUUACACAAGUCGUGCGCUUUGCUGACAGAAAUUUUUCUGAGGUCCCCAGGUUGGCCGACGGGCAUUCAACUAGCCCUCUGGAGCUGUCACGUUGUGCAUGUAUAAACUAUGCCUGAACGCACACGAGAACAUCCUGCUACGUUUUCCACGUUAUCAUCGUUUAAUAAACAGCGGAAACGACAACGCAACACGAUAAUGUCAAGAGCGACGAGAGUACGAAAAAUCCACCUUGGAGGUGAUCAUAUUUGAUUUUUAGAGAAUGAGAAUUUAUCAUAUAUAGGAAAGGCUUGUAAGAACAGCAGUGGAAUGGUUGAAUGAUUUCUUUGUAAGUUUGUUUUCUACGUGCACUUACUUAUCUAAACAUAGAGAGAUGAAACUUCACAUGCAUGCCGGGGCCAGUGCAACGCGACACAAUUUAACUCGACUUGUCGUCCCCAAAAGGACGGUUUCGUGCUCACCAAGUGCCCUAAUGAAGCCAGCCUGAUGCACAGCGCUUCGGUCGCAUUGCGUCUAGACACCCGUAUUAAGCAUCGCUAUCUGGCGCACGAAUGUGGGCGUUGUUGUGUAAUUUCAAGGCUACUUUCUGUAGUUCGCGUAAACGUUCUACUUAAAUAACGACGCACAUUUGAAAUGUUUGUAGCGCACGAGAGUUCCUGCUUCCCUGAGAGGAAUGAUAUUACCUUUUUGUGAAAGGCGAGUCACAAAUUCACAAAACAUUGAAAUUGAGCUAGAGAACAAGCGUGGGGAUGAAGCGUGAGCAUAUAUUCAAAUCAAAUAGCUUUAUUUUGCACCCGUAAAUAUACAUGACACAUAUAUUAUAUAGCAAAAAGAGGCCCCAAGGUCAAGGGUUGAUACGAAAACCUUCUGUUUUGAUUCAAUCAAAGGAGAAAGUCAAUGCGAUUUCAGUGGUUAAAUAUUACGCAAGCUUUUUCCCAUUAAAGUAAGUAGUUUAGCAGUUGCAUAUACUCAACAAAGCACGGAGUUAGUCUUUAGAUAUGUUCAUGUUUUUUUUUUAGCAUUGGAUAGUAAUUCCAGAAUUACGUUGGAGGGAAAGUAUCGGUGAACUUGCUAUAUAUAGCAGGUUUUGACGGUCGGUAGUUUGCGCUUUGUGUGUAGCCUUGUCCUUCUUCUGGCUUCGGAAGUAUAUGUAUACUCGAUAUUUAUUAUUGUAAGCUACACGGAUGUAACUGGAACGAGGAAAGUAAGUGGCUGGUCAUUAUUUGAAAGUUUUCAGUUUUAUCGAAAAUGUGAAUCGAAACACCAAUUCAGUAUUUACGAAAUUUUUGCGGGUGCAUAUAUACCGUAAAUCUGCGAAGAAGCGUUUCAAGUUUCAUGAUGAAGUGCUGAAUGUCAUGACACCCAAGGCUUAGUUUUGUAUGUACCGUAGCGACGAUAAAUGAGCCGUAAAUGCUACAAAAGAAGGAAAUGCAAUAAUAUGGCUAUAAUAAUAAUAAUAAUAAUAAAAGCCGUAAGGGUUGCAAGAUGUAAAGCAGGAACACGAAAUCUUUUAUUAUUAAAUGUCGUAUACAACUGUUCUCGAUGAUAGGAAAAUAUGAAAACCUAACUUUAAGCACUUAUCUAAUUCGACGCCAAAAAUAAAAAGCUUUAUAUGACACCGGCAGAAAGUAUACGUACGUACCUAUGCGUUUUAGGGUGUUAAAGGCAUCUUGCACGCCUUCAGUCUUGUCAUGUUGUCGGUGAUGUGACUGUGUUUGUUG